CUCUCAAACUCAACUUGUCUUGUCUUGUUCUCGAGAGGUUAUUCCGACCAACGCAACGAACUUGAAUAUAAACGAAGAGACGAAGAGACGAAUUGAAAGAAAGAAGUCUGGACGGGGAAGAUUUGGAAGUUGGUUUGAGUUGAGUUGAUCGGGGAAUUGUGGAGAGAAAUUCGGAUUGGUUGGGAUUAUAAUCAAGAUCGGGUCGGGUUGGGAUUAAUUUGGAUCGGAGAGAUGGCAGAGAUGGCGACGCCCCCGAAGAAGAGAGAUCAUGAUCAGUUCUUGUUUGAGGGGGAGGGGGGAGAGAAGCUGGAUGCUCGCGAGAGGACGCAGGAUACGGCCCCGGAAGAUAAAUCUACUACUACGGAAGACACACCCAAACGAGCAGCCAGUCCAGCACGGGAUAACACGGGGUCGGCAACAGACGCAGUGGGGGCGACGCAGGUCAAGAAAGCGAAACUCAUGGUGUUGAUAGACGGUUCGGGGAAAGCGAAUGGGGAUACGAACAAAGGGGUAUUAGAAGGAGGUCUACAAGAGACUCCUGGGGAUAAAUCUGCCGCGCCUAAUACAGAAGAAAAGGCUACAGCAGCCAGUCCGGCACGGAGUAACACUGGAUCGGCAACAGAUGCAAUGGCGACGCCGCAGGUCAAGAGAGCCAAACUCACGUUUGCGGAGAAAGAGUUGAAGCGGAUAAAUAAGGAGAUCAAGGAGCGGGAGAAGGCGGACGAGAGGGCGCGGAAGGAGGCGGAGAGGGAAGAGAAGAGAUUGGCGCUUGAGGCGGAGAAGGCAGCGAAGGAGGAGAAGAGGAGGAGGAGGGAGGAAGAGAGGAGGCUGAAGGAGGAGGAGAAGCUCAGAAUCGAGGAGGAGAAGAGGAAGAAGGAGAGGGCGCAGAAGACGUUAAAUUCGUUCUUUAAAGUUCCCGCAGCUUCACCAGCCGCGGCGAAGAACAGUCUGGAACAGAGAUCCUCGAUGAGCCCCGCGCCUUCGAAUUCAGUCCCUUCGAAUCCCGUUGGAGCGGUUGACAGCCCCUCGACACCGAGUAAACCAGAGAUCUCAUACUACGAUAAACAAUUCCCGCCCUUCUUCAUAAAGGAAGGUGUUGAGAUGGCUCCGAUCAACAGAUUCGAGCGGGACGAGGAGGCCUCUGCGAAUCGACAACGCGUUAUUGAUAGCUACAUUGUCGAAAAGCGGGAUCCAGACCAUCAACUCUCCUUCGACGCUCUAUCCUUAUUUCACCUCCCUCGACGCCCCGCCCGCGGCAAGCGCGUCAUCCCCCUCCGCGAGAUCAUGGCCCAGUUUUCCGGAAACGCCACACGACCGAUCGAUCUCACGGACUCAAACAAGCCAAAAAGCCCAACUGAUCUGCUGCGGGCGGUCCCGCUGAAGUUCCUCCAGUUCCAGGAGGACGUGCGUCCGCCGUACCGCGGCACGUACACCAGUCUUCCGCUGCACGGGGUGAGGAAGCUGGCACGGAACCCGCUGCGUCGCGAUCUCCCUGAUACGAACUACGACUACGAUAGCGAGGCGGAGUGGAUCGAGGACGAGGAUGCGGAGGACCUGAAUAGCGAGGGAGAAGAGGAUGAUGCAGAGCUGGAUGAUGCGGAGGAUAUGGAUGGUUUCCUGGAUGAUGAGAAUGACGACCUGGCGAAUUCGAAGAGGUUGGUGCUGCAGGGUGAUCUGGAACCUAUCUCUACGGGGUUGUGUUGGGAGGAUGAGCGGAGGAGGAAUGGGAAUGAGACGAUGGGGCAGUAUCGCAUGGAGAUUAUCAUCGACGAAAACCUUCAAUCUAUCGACCCCCUCAGCUCCCACUACUGGGAACCCACGCCCCCUAAAACCACCACCAGCAUGGAACCACCGCGGCUCCCCCUCAACACGCUCUCCAACCACCUCUCCCUCACAUCUACCUCCACCUCGACCCCCAAACUCUUCCCCCUCUCGCCCGACACCUCCUCCAAACCCAAAGACAAGAAACUCCUCCCUCCCGAUCUCCUCCCCAGCUUCAAGCAAGCGAUCCAAGGCAGCAACCUCUCGAAAGUCGGCCUGAUCGAAGUCCUGAAGAAACAGUUCCCGCGCGCGACUGGGACCAUGGUCAAAUCGACGCUGGAGGUCGUGGCUAAGAGGGUGGGGAAGAAGGAGAGUGAGAAGAGGUGGGUGGUGUUGGGUGAGGAGGGGGCGUGAAUUGGAAGCUUGUUUCUGAGAUGAGAUGAGAUGAGAUGAGAAAUCGAACGUGAAUGGGAAGAGAAGAGGGAGGGGAAUGAGGAUAGGGAGAUGAAGAUGAAGAUAUAAUCAUACCUUCACCCCCCUGUUUAUUUACAGUACUCUGCUGCGCGAAGGGGUAGAGGCAUUGGGAGAUAGGGCGUCGGAAAUCUCUCCAUCACCUCACACUACACUACACUACACUACCCUACACAACCCCCUCAUUCCUCAUCCCCCCCCCUCCUCCUCUUCCAGUCAAAACGCAGAACAAACCAGACAAUCCAAAAAA